AAUAUUUCAUUGACCAAAGUAGAGGUGUAAGCACGAGAAGAGAAAUAAUCAAGAAUUAUAGUAAUUACAUCUUGUUAUAAUUAUCAUGGCUGUCAGAAGUAAAUGACAUUUGCUUAAUUAAGUAAGCAGAAUAAAAUUAUUUGCGUAGUAAGUUUUUGUUGAGUACAGUCGAAGGAGUGGUCUCACGCUUGUCAAAAAUGGUCGAUCGAUUGGUUAAUAGUGAAGCCAAUGCUCAACGAAUUGCAAUAGUUGAAAGUUGUUUUGGAAGUUCUGGACAACCAUUAGCAAUACCUGGAAGAGUAUUAAUUGGUGAUGGUGUUUUAACAAAAAUGUGUAGGAAGAAACCAAAGCCAAGACAGUUUUUUUUGUUCAAUGAUAUAUUAGUUUAUGGCAAUAUUAUUAUUACAAAGAAAAAAUAUAACAAACAACACAUCAUACCUCUUGAAGAAGUAAAAUUGGAAAAUUUAGAUGAUGAUGGAGCCUUGAAAAAUGGAUGGCUGAUUAAGACUCCAACAAAAUCAUUUGCAGUUUAUGCAGUUACAGCUACAGAAAAAUCUGAAUGGAUGGCUCAUAUUAAUAAAUGUGUUGAAAAUCUUCUUGAAAUAACUGGUAAGAAGCCUACCACUGAACAUGCAGCUGUAUGGGUUCCUGAUGUUGAAGCAUCAAUAUGUAUGCAUUGCAGACGAACACAGUUUACAUUUAUUAAUAGGAGGCAUCAUUGUCGUAAAUGUGGUGCUGUAGUUUGUGGUCCUUGCUCCAGUAAAAGAUUCCUUCUUCCAUCCCAAUCUACAAAAUCUCUUCGUGUGUGCCUUAGUUGUUAUAAUAUGCUGUCUAAAGCUAGAUGUCCAAUUUCUUCAAAUGAAACAGCAAAUGUUUCAGAAAACAUGAACAAAUCAGGUUCAUUUGAUUCAUCAGGGGAUGAUGAUUCAGAUGAUGACAUUGAUCAGAUGGGAAAAAAUUGUGAAUUGAAUUCUGUUGUUGAUCAAAUGCAAAUUAUGACAUUUGAAGAAAAGCCUACCUUUUAUGGAAAUGAUGAAAAUUCAAACUCUUCUCAAGAUGAUGUGCCAAACCAAACUACAAAUGCUCAAAAUAUGAAUCUUACUUCUAAGGAAAAUUCUACAACAAUUAGCAUUCCUUCUAAAUGUUAAUUGGUUUAUAAAAUAUUAUUUAGUGAAAAAUGGAGGAUUAGAAACUCUCAGAUAAGCACUUUUUUUUGUACUAUACAAUACCCUAGUCAAAGAUUUGAAAUGUAUGUUAUGUUAUUUUAAAAUAAAUUUUAAGUCUAUCAGAUAAUCAUGUACUAUUCUAAUUGAGAAACUGGGGUCAAAUCUGAUCUAUAGAAUCUCAUAAUUCAGUUCAAGAUGCUGGGCAGUCCCACUUCUGAGUGAUACUCUCUUGUAAUGAGUGAAAUAAAUAUAUGAAAUAUAUUUAGCUAUAGUAUUAUGCAGCUAUUGUAACACUUAAUUUAAAUAAUAGUAAUGAGCUAAAGGGACGUUUUUUCAUGUACAGUGGGUACCUCAUACUUCAAAUGUUUCAAAGUUCAAAUGCUAAAUUCAUGAGAACUUCAAUCCAGAGUUCAAAUGAUGCUUUUGUGUUCAAACUGUAAACAGAGUGAAAAAAUGCACUCACCUCAUAAAUGCCAUAUGUUGUGUGCUCAAGUCAUCUCUUACUCUCAUUGUAAAGUAUCUUUUGUGUUAUGUUCAUGUGUUUUCAGCACUUGUUUCACUUUGUUUUUGGUAUUUAAUUAUAUAUGUAACCCCUUCCUAUUAACCAUUGCAACUAAGAAAAGUAAGGAAACAACAAAGUGUAAGAGGAAAUCAUACUAUUUACAAUUGACAAGGUGAAAAAGGAACAUUGUGAGGCAUGAAAGUGGUACAUGUAUGGCAGAUCUGCUGGCCAUAUUUAAGAUGCCAAAGUUGACAGUGUGUGACCUUUACAUGCAAUUUUUAUUUUGUUAUAUAAUAUUUACAUAUUUUAUUCAUUGUGUAAUUUUCAUGUUUUAAUUUAUUAUGUAAGACACUUAAUUGUAUUAUUUUUACUUUAAAUUAUGUAUAUUUGCUGCUUAAAUUUAUCAAAAUAAGUACUGUUUGGUGUCUGGGAACAGAUUAACUCACUUUCCAUUAUUUCUGAUGGGAAAAAUUUAUUUGGACUUUGAACAAAUCAGUUUAAUGGCCUCCUGAAACAAAUUAAAUUUGAAAGUAUGAGGCACUACUGUACAUCACUCCAUGAUUUUCUGCUGAAUUUUCAUUAGCUUAAAUGUAGUCUGUAAAUAAUCAGGAUUUUGAAUGCAUUUAGCUAAAAAACAGGCUAUAGUUUAUAAUAUAAAGCAGCAAUGUUCCUAAACAAUUUUUCUUAAAUUAUCAAAAAAAUAUAGUAGAGCGUCGUUUAUCCGAAUCAAUUGGAGACUGGGGUUGUUCGGAUAACU